CAGAGAGAACGGCAGCCGUGCGCGAGUGAGAGGAGAGCGUGGAAAAAGGAAAGGGAAAGGAGAGGGGAAGAAGAGCACGCGGGAGCGACCGGCAAUGUGCAGGAAAGGGAGAGAAAGGGCAGAUUAGACCGUGAGCAUGAGCAGAGCUCCGGGCCUCAGUUUCGAAAGCUUCCUCAUCUCUUCUUUAACUCCUUCGGCAUCCAAUGCCCCCCUGUCCCUUGCAAUAGAAACCCUGCCAGCGACUGUCGGGGUUUCUACCUUGGCGUCCUUUGCUGCAGCUGGGAAAAGCCAGGCAUUCGCCCUUUAAAAAACUAAUUAGUCGUUUCAACGGAGCAGACGGGGGAGGAAGUUGUGCGCUAGCAACCAGAUCCAGGAUGUUAUAGGGGUGCAAAAAGAAGAAAGGCGCAAGAUCGCAUUUCUCGGCAGAUCAGAUGCCUCUCGAGCCACAAGCUGGGAGUACCUGCAGUUGCUCAGCCUGCCCCCUCUAAGCUGACCGCAGCAGCAGCCGCAGCAGCAGCAGCUUUAGAUGCGAAUGCGUGCUUAACUCUUCCCUGGCUCUUUGAAUUUGUACCAUGCUCAAGAUCCUUACGAAGAAGCUGAGGAAUCAGAGUUUGAAUGAGAUCCAGCCCUUCCAGUUGAAGAUUUCCUACACACCAAGUGAUGAGGAAGACAGUGAUGAUUCUGAGGGAGAGAACCAGGAACUUGCUCAGAUUGACAGAGAGAGAAGACGGAAUUGCACCUUGACCCCCCUGGCAACCAAUCAGCUGCAAAAUCAAGAAAAUCAGUGCUGCAAAGUGCGGGCCCAUUUUCCUCCUGGGCUGGACCGCCACAGCUCUGAAGAAGAGUUGGAAUGUAUCACCCGUGAAUUUUCUGCUGAGAAACGGAAGUGGUCUCAGGUCAGCAGGCUUGGCUGCUGUAGUGACAGCUGUAAUACCCCCUCCAGUGAUGAGGAAGUGAAGACCUUGUGCGGCAAGUCCUUCCGACCAGUGGUCGAAGCGGUGGAGGGUUUGCGUGCCAGUCCCAGCCCAGUGCUUUUCAGUGCCUCACCUCCCAAGAGACUGCAGUCCUUGGUACGGACCACGACAUCCCGGCCUAUAAUUUUUACGAGCGUCGGAGGCAGCUUUGAGCAAGGCAUGCCGUGCAAACGACACCGACAGGGCUAUGGUGACAAAGUUGGGAGGCCCAGUCUCGAUCUGGAAAAAAUGCAGCAAAAGAUGCUGUUUAAGAAGAAUUGUGGUACAAAGACAAGGAUCAUCAAAAUCCACCAUAUCAAUGGAAGCCGGCCCUCACCUCACUUUGUGUAUGAUCCAUCGAUUUUUGCCUUCCGAUCCCUGAGCACCUUGAAGCCUUUGAGCCCAAUAGCUCCAGUUGAAGAACCAUCAUGUGCCUACUGAACAAUAUACUCAGAACUCUCAGGAAUCAUCAUACCAACCAGCUGCCCCAGGGACUUGGAGGGCAUAUAUUUGCAAUAGAUUCCAGGAUCCUUGGUAUCAGGAGAUGGGUGUCUUGUCUCUUGUCUGUUUUACAUGCCAUUAUAAUUUCUGAAAAUUGUCAGAAAGGAAAUGUAUGUGCUUUGAGAAGCUAGGCACAUAAGUUGCAAUGCAACUAUCAAGACACUGUGUGAUUCACAGAAGGCUGGUUUCUUAUGAAUGGAGUGAGCAUGUUGCCCUUAUAACUGAUUCUCAGCAGGUGGUUGCACUUAGCCAAGCUUGGUUGAUUUCAGAAGCUAAGGAGGGUCAGGCCUGGUUUAUAUGUGGGACCACCUGGUCAGUCCAGGUUGUUAGCUGGAUUGGUAAAUAGGAAAAAAAUCCCAACCCACAGUGGAGGAAGGGCAUGGCAAGCCAAUCCUAUUGCCAAGAAAACAGCAUGGAUGCAGUCCUAGGAGUUGAUCUCAGCUUGAGAGCAUUUUCACACUAUAUUAUAAGUGAGCAACUGCCCAUGUGCUGAAAUGCCAGAGAUAAGCAACUUUCUUGUUCCUUAUCUAGUAGAAUUAUUCCUUCUACAUAGGAAUGUUCAGUAGACUAGGAUUUCUCCAAGAAUUGGAAGGAUCUCUGCUUUCAGAGGUUAGAAAGAGAUGUUAUUUGUCUCCCAGGGUAUGUAAACCUCUUUUGUUUUAUGCCACCAAGUUAUAAGGCUAGAACAAGAAGCUCACUGAGUAUUGCAGCAUCUGAAUUGCUUUGAAAUUAGUAGAGUAUGAAGGUAAAGAGACAGCUAUGUGGUUUGUUCAGCACAAAUGGAAUUAGAGCCCUUGGAUCCUUAGGGUAUGCUGUAAUUGGAUAGAUACUUUCAGGUAGAAGAAUAGAUGGGAAGUUAUAAUCUCCUCUUCCUUUGACUUCUCUGGCAUCCUUUUAUAAAGCCAUGUGAAUAUCACAUGAUGUUCUCUCUUCAUGAAGUAUGGAUGAAUAUGACAAUGAUUGGUUUGGGCACCCAACAACAUGCUUUAUAGCACCCACAUUUUAAACAUCUUGUAGUCAUAUGAGUUGGCAACCACAGAAGGCAGGAAUAUGACUAUAGGUUGCCUUUGAUGUAUAACCCACUGGUUUAGGUUGAUAUGUCAGAUGUAGAGAUGUGGGAAGAAGUACUUCACAGGUGUUUGUUUCGUUUUUUGCUGGUAGGAGUAACGGGUAACGCAAAACCAAAACCAAAACAGAACAGACAUUUUUUAAUAAGAGCAACUUUACAGAGGCAUCCAUAUCUUUCAAGCCAGCUAUUCUCUACACUUUGGUGAUAGGUUCUGUUUUGCAGUGACAUCUGAGAGACCAAUUAUUCAUGUAGUCAGUUGGCCCCAAUUCUACAGGUUUUUCUGCUAAUCCAGUGAAACCUAUAGUAUAUACUGAGGUUUAGGAAAGUCAGUUUAACAACAUACUACAUUGUCUUCUCUCUGUAUGUCAAAGACAUUUAAGUGUUGACUUAUAUACUAACCAUAUGAUGAACAAUCUAGAAAGCACUCCUGUGCCAUUUCUUUUUAAUUAAAGAAUAUUAGAAACUAUAACCUGACCACCGUUUUGAAAACUUUGCUGUCUUCUACAAUUAAGAAUUUAGACUUUAAAGGAGUUGAAGAAAAUGGCUCCUCUUGGGGAAAAUAACCAGCAAGCUCAGUGGUUCUUUUUACCAUUGGAAUCUUAAGGCCAGAAGCUUUCUAGUCAGAAUGAGUUAACUCAGCUGCUUUUAAUCCUAGCUGUAAAUAUGUUGGGUCUAUAAAACCUGGUAACAAAAGCAUUAGGAUAAAGGAUAACAUGAGUUACUUCUUUGCUAUACCAGUCUAUAUAAGAAGAAUUCAGGGAUGGGCACAAUCCUUCUUAAACCACAAUUAAUUAAAUAAAAGGCAAGAUGCUCUUAAUUGGUUUAUUGAGAACAAGGUCAAUAUUGACAUGCAACAAGAUAGUUUUUGUUUUUCAAAGCAAUUGGCCUCUCCUUCCAGUUGAAGGAGGGAAGGUUGCUUUUUAUCUUCUAAUCCUAAAGAUGAUUGUUUUUAUAGGUCAGUGCACAUGUUGGGGAUCUAUAAUCCCAAAGGAUUUGGCCUUCCUAUAGUAAUGACAAGGGCAAAUGUAAUGUGAGUUUGCUGUUUUGGCAGAUUAGACUUGACCUACAAACAGCCAGCACCUGUCAUGGUCAGGAUAAUUUGGAAUGUGUUUUCAUGUAUAUAAAGCUGCCAUCACUUUGCUCUGUAGAUAUUGCAGAAUGUUUUUGGGUUUUUUGCUGAUUGAUCUAGAAGAUAUUGCCCUGUGUGAUGCUCUAAGAUGAAGGUAUGGAAUGGAGAUUAUCGCUGAUGAAGUGCUUUUCUUUAAUACUUUUUGUAACAUUUCUCUCUCUUUGGUUUUUAAUGAGAAAAAUAAAGUUAUAUUUUAACUGCU